GCCGUACACCCACGCCUCCCUCGCCGCCCGCUCCGGCCCCCGGCCCGGCACGCACUCUGGGCCCUGCGGCUCAGCGGUCCUUCCGGGCGUGGACGCGCGCCCGCAGUGCGUGCGCGCCGGCGAGUGCGUGCGCGCGCCCCGGGCCGGGGCCUGGGGGCCGACUGGGCGCCGCAGUGAUGGGCGUGGCUGGGAGGUCCUUAUCGUGAGCGGCUCAGAGGCGGUUCGGCUGGAUAGGGCUGGUCCAGACCUGCUCCCUCUCCGGUCAGUCCAUCGGAGUCUGAGCUCCUACGGUGCCACCGGGGCCCGGGGCGGACGGAGAGGAUGGCAUCGCUGAGGAAGGGCUCGUCCCCGUUUACCCCCAGAGACGAAGUCCCCCAAAUUAAUCAUUUUGGCGGUCACGCUUUCCAGAUGUAAACACAGUUGCUUUACUCGUCAAAAGCAAGUAAUUAACCGAGGAGUCCUGGUAAGACUCACAUGCGCCCAAAUAAUUUAUUUAAAUUAGCCACGGGCGAUCAGGACCUACCUGGAGUUUUGGUGUCUGGACUUGAAGGACAAUAUGGUAUAUGUGAAGAUCAUGCUGGAGACCUGCAGAAACACUUUAAUCUCAUUACCAUGCAAGAAUUUUUGGAAAAUAAAACACAGCUGGGUCCAAAGAUCCAAGCCAUGUACGUCUGGGGCGGAAGGCCGGCCGUUAGCCAGGAGCUGCUGCGCAGCCCGCCCUCCUUGAAGACCGUUGCCAGCGUAGGGGCGGGGCUGGACCGCCUGGACCCGGGACUCGUUGCCAGCUUUGGUGUGAAGGCGGCCAACACGCCACACGCUGUUUCCAGCCCCACGGCAGACCUGGGGAUGGCCUUGCUGCUGGCCGCAGCUCGGAGAGUCAUGGAAGGUCAUCAGUUGGCUAUUUCGCCACAUACGGAGAACCUUUCUACAAACUGGAUGGGUUAAGAAGUGACAGGGGCCACUCUGGGAAUUAUCGGCCUGGGCAGCAUUGGCUAUAAGAUCGCUCAGCGGGCCAGAGCGUUUGACAUGGAGAUUCUCUACCACAACAGGAAACGCAGAAAAUCGGAGGAGGAGGAAGCCACUGGGGCCACUUACUGCGAGGGGCGGGAUGACCUGCUUCAGCGAUGGGUUAUGAUGCUGGCCGUGAGCCUGACGCCCCAGGCCCGGGGCCUGAUGGGGGGCGGGAGCGGGGUGGGAUGGAGCUCAGCGCCAUUCUCCCAGCAUCAGCAGAGGUGCCCGCCCCCGCCGCUGUGUGUCGGCCGGGGGGCUGUGCAGGAGGGCCCCGCCCCCAGCCCUGGGCAGCCUCUCGUGUGGGACCUACCGAGGAGGGGUCUUGUCCACCCAGGUCUGUUAGUUGAUCAAGACGCCCUUGUGGAAGCCCUUCAGACCGGGGUCAUUAAAGCAGCAGCGCUGGAUGUGACGUACCCAGAACCCCUGCCCAAGUCUAACUGGAUUUAUUUAAUAAUUCAUGAAUCAGGCAGCAUCCUAUCUAGCAAGUAGAGAGGAGCUUCCAAGUCGAAACUAUUUUCAUCAUACUGUAAGAUGUUAUUUAUUUCCACUCAUGUUUUCUCACACAAGUGUACAGUGGAGUCUUCCAGAGACUUAAGGACAUGUGAUGACAUCAUCACUCUAACAGCUAAUGAAAUGUGUGCUUCUGUACGAUUGUAUUAAAUUUUUUUCAGUUUUCAUUUCUAAUACAAUAAACGUUGACAGGCAUAACCCUCAUAAACACAUGUUCUUUGGGGUUCUUAAUUUUUAAGAGUGUAAAGACCAAAUAAGAGAGCCACUAAUCUAGAACAAAAAAUAAUUUCAAUAUAAAUAAAGAAGCAUGACCAUUUUAGACAGUUGUCAACUUACUCAAAAAUGGAGAAGUCAUGUUAUCACCCCUGUUGCCUACUAAAAUGAACUUUUACUCACAAGUCACAGGGCAAAUACCAGGGUUAUAUCCCAAAGCUUAGUUUAUUUUAAUAGGUGAUGCACUCCCAGUGUCCCAUGUGAAAUCAUUUUUGUGGCCAAGAGGUUUAACAACUAUUUUAUGAAUA